UUUGAGAAAGUGUUUAUCGGUGUUUUUGGUCUACGCUGCGUCCCAGGAUGAAUUAUCUGAAUAGUUGAUUAGAAAUGUCUACAAUACAAUGUUUGAGGAAGUUUGUCGUCGAGCGACUGACUGCUGCUGCUGAAGAAAUAUUCAUAGUUUUUGAAAAAACUAUAGUGGAGUAUGAGGAAGAGAUCGAUCGUCAGCACGGACUGCUGGAUAACGUUUGGAAACCCGAGUCACUCGAGAAAGAGUUUCCACAACCAAAUAUCUGUAAGGAGGAGGAGGUUCUCUCGGACCAGCAGCUCUGUAUUCAGGAGAGGAACUCCAGUCUGGACCAAGAGGACCCAGAUCCUCCACAGAUUAAAGAGGAACAGGAGGAACCCUGCACCAGUCAGGAGGGAGAGCAGCUUGAGCGGAAGCAGGAGACUGAGACCUUCAUGUUGACUCCUACUUAUGAAAACAGUGACCAUGGUGAAGCUCAGACUCUGUACUUGAAUCCUGAUGAAACUCUAAAUGCAGCAGAAAAAGAGUCUGUAGUCAACAUAAUUAACCAGUCUGUGGUAUCAGAACCAAACAGCUACAUACAGAUCCUCCAACGUAACUCUCACGUAGCUCAUCAGGAAGGAGGCAAGCAUGGAGACAAAAGAAGAAAUAACUGUAAUAAGCACACAGGUAAAAAGUCUUUAAAAUGUGACACGUGUGGGAAAGCUUUUAACUGCAUGUCCAAAUUGCAGAGACACCAGGGUGUCCAUACAGGUGAGAAGCCAUAUUAUUGCAGCAUCUGUGGAAAAAGAUUCAAACAGGCAUCCGUGUUGCACACUCAUGUAAGAGUCCACACAGGUGAGAAGCCAUAUACUUGCAAAACAUGUGGGAAAGGUUUCAGGUGGACUAAUUGCUUAACACGCCACAUGAGAACUCACUCAGGUGAGAAACCAUACACUUGUAAAACGUGUGGGAGAGAUUUUCGAUCUAGUAGUAACUUGAAAGACCACAUGAAAACUCACACAGGAGAAAAGCUACAUCACUGCAGCACAGAUGUUUCAGGUGUAGUCAAACCCAUAUAGGAGAGAAAGUGUUUACCUAUAAAACAUAUUGAACAGGUUGUUUCAGUUCAGUAUAAAGCUGAUAACUGAAGAAUAGAGAUAACUACACCGGUUUCCAAUAGGUAUGUCUUUGUGUUAACAUUGAAGUAUGUUGGAGCAACAGCAUUUGUCAGAACAAUCACAGUCUUCAAUAUCAGCGGAAGGAAGCUCAUGCUAAUGUUAAUGAAACCAGCUUUGAUUAUAUGCUUUCAUUGGAUACAUGUACAGUAACUACUAUGAGCAUUUACCAAAUGUCAU